AUGCUUGAGAAUGGACUUGGCCAAACACCUCCCAUGGGAUGGAAUAGCUGGAACCAUUUUUCCUGCAAUAUCAAUGAAGGCUUAAUUCGAGAAACAGCUGAUGCUAUGGUGUCAACUGGCCUUGCAGCUCUUGGUUACCAAUAUAUUAACAUAGGUAGGGCAUUUUGUGGGAAUUUGGUUCCCAAAGCCUCAACAUUUCCUUCAGGAAUGAAGGCUCUAGCGGAUUAUGUUCAUAAAAAGGGUUUGAAGUUAGGCAUCUAUUCUGAUGCAGGCAAAACUAUGCCUGGAUCACUGGGACAUGAAGAGCAAGAUGCAAAAACAUUUGCUUCCUGGGGGAUUGACUACUUGAAGUAUGAUAACUGUGAGAAUAAUAACAUAAGCCCCAAAGAAAGGUACCCUCCAAUGAGUAAAGCUUUGUCAAACACUGGAAGGCCAAUUUUCUUCUCUUUGUGUGAAUGGGGAUCAGAAGAUCCAGCAACUUGGGCCAAAAGUGUGGGAAAUAGUUGGAGAACAACAGGGGACAUUGAAGAUAAGUGGGAUAGUAUGAUAUCUCGAGCAGAUCUGAAUGACAAAUGGGCUUCUUAUGCUGGACCGGGAGGAUGGAAUGAUCCUGACAUGCUAGAAGUUGGCAAUGGAGGCAUGACAACAGAAGAAUAUCGUGCUCAUUUCAGCAUAUGGGCAUUAGCUAAGGCUCCUUUAUUGAUUGGUUGUGACAUUAGAGCACUGGAUGCCACCACAAAAGAAUUGCUAAGCAACAAAGAAGUUAUUGCACUUGGAGUUCAAGGAAAGAAAGUGAAAAGUAAUAAUGAUUUGGAGGUUUGGGCAGGUCCUCUUAGUAAUAACAAGGUAGCAUUGAUAUUAUUGAAUAGAAGCUCAUCCAAAGCAAACGUUACUGCAUCAUGGUCUGACAUAGGUCUGAAACCAGGAACUUCAGUUGAUGCAAGAGAUUUAUGGAAGCAUUCAACACAAUCAUCAGUUUCUGGAGAAAUAUCAGCUGAAUUAGAUUCACAUUCUUGUAAGAUGUAUGUGCUGACUCAGAAAUAA